CCGGGGCAUGAGGAGGAGAGCGGGCAGUGGGCGCUGGGAGCGGGGCCGUUGAGGUGUGUUGUCAGUCCACAGUGUCGCCAGUACUAGCACAAUGAUGCGAGGACCAAGUUAUGACGAUGCGUACAUCACGCGAAAGAUGUCGCAGAUGCCCACCUUCAGCUCCCCCUCCUACGGACGCCCACCCAUGGGUGGCUACAUGCAGGAUCCUUACGGCUACGACUACAUGCCAAGGCAGAGAAGCCUAACAAUGGGGCCAAAGAAAAGCGAGAAGCGAGGCGCCACCAAGAAGACCCAUCGCAGCCUCAGCCCGCCCUUGCCCUACCUGUGGCCCGAGCUUGACAAUACCAAAAUGGAGCGCACUCAUUCGAAGGGUUGGUACCGCGUGGACUUCGGGCCGCAUCGUACCACGGAGACCUGGUACCUCCCCACGGUUAAGGAUAAGCUUAGGUUCCUCAUGGACAAGAGCGCUUCCGACCCCCACAAACCCCACCGGGCCAGCUCCAUGCCGGCGCCCCCGGCGAGGCCCCGGAAAAAAGUGAUCGACACCGAGUUCGAGCCGUACGCGUCCCCCAGGUUCUCCACGUACUACGCCUCGGCGGACAGCUCCGUCCCGCUGGUCUUUUACAGAACGGACCGGGCGACCUCGAGGAAGAGGCCGACCUCUUGGUCUUCGGAGGCGGUGCCUUACACGGCCCGCCUCAGGCUGACGGCGCCGACGUCGGCCAUCUCCCGAAUUCCCCGCACCAGGGCCCUCAGCCUCCCACCAGCCCGCAUAUCUUCCACCGCACGGAGCGGCUACCCUCCCAUGGGCCCCCCACCCCCGCGCAUGGCCCCCCGCAGCAUGGGCCCCUACUACGACUACGACUACGGCUACGGAGGAGGCUACGGCGCGGGCUACGGCGGGGGCUACAGCGGCUACGGAGGGAGCUACGUCCCGCCGCCAAGGAUGAGCCGCUACGACAGCUACCUGGAUGACGAGUUCUUGGAGCCGAGCACCUACGUCCCCCGCUAUCGUCCUCGCCUGCAUGACCACCUCGACGAUGCCGACUUCCGCGAAAAGAUCACCACCACCCCACAGGGCACCACCGCAACCACCACCAUCACCCCUAGGGCUGUCGACACCUCCGUCCGGGGCUAUACUCCUGGUGCCCCCGCCCCGAGAGGCCUGGAAGGCCCCGACGACAGCAUGGCCCUGGUGCCCCACCGCAGCCAGCGUCCCAGGCGGGCGCACCUCGAGUCCGGCCCGCGCCCCGAGACCGCGGUGGUGCCGGGAGGCGAGUCCGAGGGCGACCGCCACCUGGCCCGCCUGGAGCGCCGUUACCCCAGCCUUUCUGAACCGCAGAUGCUCCAGGACCACGUCGACAAGAUGCGCAUCAAGCUCAAGUCCCUGGCCUUCUCGCUCGACCCGUCCGGCCCCGUCCCCGACAUCAUCAUCCCCGAGAAGAGGAAGUCGACCGAUCCCUCCGACUCCAAGUACUCCAGGGGGCCCAGGCACCUGGCCUGUGUGGAAUUCGCGGGUGGGCAGCCCCAGUGGAAGCGAAGAGCCCGCGCGCGCUACCCUUCUGAGGACCCCGAAAACGUGACCAUGUUGGCCAAGGCCGAGUACGUGGACAAAGAGGAAGACCCUGAAAAAGAGCAGGAGAAAAUGAUCUUAAAGGAUCGACUCUCGAACCGGAUCCACAAGUUCUUCACUGAGAGUCUCGAUGCCAAGCAGUUCGACAAGUACCUCAAGACUUACCGCCAGCCGGGACCCAAACCACGCUAUUACUGGAAGCCCAAACAGUACAUUCCUGACGAGUCACUCAAGGUGAUGCCCGACUCGUCAUACCGCUCCACCGCCAAGACCGGUGCCCAGUGGGAGGAGCCAGACACAGUAUUCGGCGCUGCCUCCGACAAGAAGCCGUUCUCUAAGGUAGAGACCGGCUCCUCCUUCUUCUCCACCUAUGGUUACACCAACCGAAAGAAGGACUAUGUGGCAGAGAAGGUGCGUGAUUAUUACUACUUCGGGGACAAGGCGAAGGACACAGGCCACGUGCGCUUCAACGGAACAGCUCUCAAGCCCCUCGCCGACGGCGCCGAGGAGAUGUCCGAAGAGAAGAAGGAGCGCAGGAAGAAGAAGAAGUCGAAGGAGCGCGACGUGGUGGCCGAGCUGGAGGCGGCGCCCGCCACCCCCACCUCCACCUCCGAGCUGGAGUCGUCCUCCGUGGCCCCCGCCUCCGCCCCCGCCGAGACCAAGGCCCCUGAGGGCGACGCGGCGCCCGUGUCCGAGGAGCAGUUGGACGAUGAGAAGGAGCGCAAGAGGCUCGAGAAGAAGAAGAGGAAGGCCGAGCGUGAGGCCGCCGCCAAGGCCGCCAUGGAGGCCGAGCUGGCCGCCCUCGCCGCCGCCGAGGCCGAGCUGGCCCGCCUCGAGGCCGAGAGCAACUCUCUGAAGACGGACGCGCCCGCCGCGGUCCCCGAGGUAUCCGCCCCCGCCGAAGCGUCCGCCCCCGCCGAGGGUUCCGCCCCGGCCGAGCCCGCUGCCGAGGUGAAAAGUGAGUCCGCUGCUGAAAAAUCUGGCGAGCCUAGCAAAGCCACAAGGAAAUUGCAAUCUGCUACCAACAAGAUUCUUGCAGUUGGGGCAUUUUUUCGCUCACAUGUAACACAGAAGAAAUUAUCAGGAAAGGAAGCAGAAGACACGACCCCCGUCACCACCACCGAACCCGACGCCGGCCAAGGGGGAACUGAGGAGACUGCUGACGCUGCUGCUGGCGCUACUGCUGACGAUGCAACCACCUUUGCUACCAGGUCCGACGAGCUUCUGGAGUAGAUGUUUUCUUUGGCAAAAAAAAUCAAAUACUAUCGCCAUGACGAGCACUCCUCCGCUGUGUUAUAUCUUUUGUAAAAUGGCGAGUCUCUUUUCUUCUUGUAAAGAUCUGGAACGCCCUUUGCUCUUGCACCAUCGAAUUCUCAAAGGGUCGUGAUAUACUCAUUAAUUUAGCAAUAUAACGGUACAGAGAAGAGCAAUUAUAUUGUCUAUUAUAUUAUUUUUCUUCUGUUUUCGAAUUUCUUUUGAGAGGAAGUUUGGGUUUUGUACCUAAGACGGAUUAGCGUCACUAAAAAAUGCCUAAAUAAUGCAAGUUGAGAAGUAACACCACCUCCACAUAAAAUAUUUUAGUAUCUCCUUAAAAAGUACAGCGAGAAAAUUCUGUUACCUAUUUUCUUUGUCUGGGGGACUGUGCUAUAGUGGGCCUCCAGGGUCGCUAUGGCACUUCAGCUUCCGGCCAGUGUAGUAUUUACGUUAUUUAGUUUUGUAUUUCGUUAUUUUGAAGUGAUUUUUUUGAAUAUUGUGAAUGGAUCAAGAUUGGGUAUUGUAUCAAAGAUUAUACCAGGUUAUUUAUAACUUGAUUUGAUUGUGUUUAUUAUGUAAAUUAGCAGGCAGGAUCAGUAAACAAAAUUGUGGAAUUAGAUUAUGACGUACGAGACGGUUUAUGUUUCAAUGUAGCUUCUUCUGGCACUUUCUCACAGGGUUGUGUAUAAUGUCCGAUUCCUGAAUUCUUUACCAUAACCCAAAAAGAAGCAAACAAAAUUGCUCGCGCUUCCACGCUGCUCGCACGCAUCCCGCGCCAGAUAUUGUGAAAGCUGCACUUGAGUGGUGGUUUAGAAUUCAGGACCAUGUAUGUGUUCCCUGUGUUGCAGUAUAACGUAAGUGAUGAGUGAUUUAUGUGUGCGCAGAUACGCAACACUAUCCCGGACCUUAAAGUUUGUAAAUAAGAAAGAGAGAUUACUGGCUCACUGACGAGGCCCAGAACCCAGGUCGGAAUCCACGGAGACGAUAGUGUUGCUGCUUGUGCAAAUGCGAGUUUGUUUUGUUUUGUUUUGUUUAUUUUUUCAUCAGAAAUGGGCUGGGAAUCAUAAUAAAUGUAGUCAACUCGCACGCAGGAACUGUCAGUCCUAAAUCAUUUUCAAAAAAAUGAUAUAAGUUUGCUAGUAAUCAGCUUAUUUGAAAUAUGUUGUGAUUAGUCUUUAAAAAAAGGAAUACUUAAUCGUCGCGUUUCGAUGAUUUCAUUACUUUAAUAAUUAAUUUAUUUUGCGUCUGCGUCUACCUUCCUCCUGAUGAUUAUGUCUUGUUCACAAUAAAGAUGUUAACCACAGGGUAACU